AGCCUACAGGGCUUUUUGCCUCUCCCUGCACUGUCAUCAUCUUUUUCUUCUUCUUUGAAUUGAUGUUUUUAUUGUGCAAAUAAACUAAACUAAAACUAAACUAAAGUGUUACAAGUGUUGGCCUGUAGAAGAUGCAUUUUCCUUAAAAAUGACCGUUUAGAAAAUUACUUAGAGGAAUAAGUCGUAGUUGAGAAAACGCAGGAUGAAGCUGUAGAAAAAGAUAGCUGAAUGGCUGAACUCUCAGAAAGCAAGUAGCUAAGAGACAAAAAUAUGUAUAAAAACGCGCAUGAAGACAGUGGUAGAUCCAUAAAUAAAAAAAGGUUACAAUAAACAAGUCAUACUGUGAUUUAAAUGUCCUGAGAAGUAUGAAAACCAAGAGAAUAGUACCUCUCCGCUCCUCUGUGAUGUCAUGUGUCAUAAAGCGAGCGCUCCCAGGAGGCGCGGUUCUGACGUCUUGGUUCAGCACGUCCUCUCAUACAGAGCAGAACCCGAAGUAGGCUCUGAGACAGCACUAUGCUGUAUUAUUUUGGUGAUGGAAUAACAGCGAGGAGCGGGCUUUGAAUAAAAGUUAAAACGGCCUGCCAUACUGACACUGACAUCCAAAGUAAGAAUGUCCAACUGCAGCGGUCUGCUGAAUCCACAGAAASAACCAGUUCCUCUGAAGAGCAUUGAUGUUCAGCUGGAGGUGAGGGAUCAUGUAGCUACAGUGGUCUCCACUCUGAAGUACGAGAACAAGGAGGACAAACCACUAGAGGCUGUUUUUGUCUUCCCUCUGCCUGGAGAUGCWGCUGUGUGUCAUUUCAGUGCUGACAUUGGACAGACACACAUUGUAGCUGAGGUGAAGGAGAAACAGCAGGCUCGGGAGGAGUACGAUGAUGCGCUGAGCUCCGGUCAGCAGGCCUUCCUGUUGGAGGAGAGUGAGCAGAGUCCAGAUAUUUUCUCUCUGAGUGUUGGCAGUCUGCCUCCAGGAGAGAGCGCCUCCAUCAGGCUGGAGUACGUCACUGAGCUGGCUGUGCAGGCUGAUGACGGGCUGAGGUUCUSUCUGCCUGCUGUGCUCAACCCUCRCUACCAACCUCAGGGUAGUGAAGGUGCCAGUGCCCAGGUGACCUCAGUUCCAGCCUCUCUGGUCCCCUACAGUCUGUCCUUUUGUGUCCAAGUGUCCUCUCCUCGUCCAAUCUCUAAAGUAGAGUCCAGCUGCUCCCUGGAUCCUCUUCAGUACCUCAACACUGAUCAGACUCAGGCCUCGGUGAAGUUGGCUGCAGGACACAAGUUUGACAGAGACGUUGAAGUGCUGAUUUAUUACAAAGAUGCCCACCAGCCCACUGCUGUGGUGGAGGCAGGACAGGCCUCUGUUCAACACGGUACUCUGAUGGGUGAUCCGGUGGUAAUGUUGAGCCUUUACCCAGAAUUCCCCAAAUCUGUGACGUCUUCACUCAACACAUGUGGAGAGUUUGUGUUCCUACUGGAUCGAUCAGAGAGUAUGGAUUCCCCCCUGUAUUCUGGAAGUCCUCAGAGUCGUAUUGCCAGUGCUCUGGAUACUUUAAUGCUCCUGUUGAAGAGUUUACCAAUGGGCUGCUAUUUCAACAUCUACAGUUUUGGAAGCACUUAUGAACACAUCUUCCCUAAGAGUGUAAAGUACAACCAGAAAACCUUGAAACAAGCUGUCAAACAAGUUGAAGAGAUGGAAGCUACUCUGGGAGGAACAGAGAUCCUGGAGCCUCUCCGACAUAUUUACAGCCAGCCCUGUAUUCCCCAAAAUCCUAGACAACUGUUUGUUUUCACCGAUGGCAAGGUGUAUAACACUAACAUGGUUCUAGAUGAGGUGAAGACAAACUCUGAUUCUCACAGGUGUUUCACCUUUGGGAUCGGAGAAGGRGCCAGCUCAGUUCUCAUCAACUGGAUGGCGAGAGAAGGAAGAGGUCACGCUCAGUUCAUCACAGGAACUGAAAGGAUGCAGCCAAAAGUGAUGCAGUCAUUACGAUUCGCACUCCAGCCACUWGUUGAUGACAUAUCAGUCACGUGGGAUUUACCAAAUGGAGUGUCAGCCACCAUCCUGUCUCCACCAAUCAAAAUGCUUUUCCUUGGUCAGCGGUCACUCGUUUAUGYCCAGCUCAGUGGAGUGUCUCAGAGUUCAGAGGCGGCACGGGGCUGUUUCACAGUGAAUUACACCGUAGCAGGUCAUCCUGCUCAGAACCAGCUGGGCUUCAGCCUCCAGCCUGCAGAGGAGACCAGACUGGACACAGAGCAGAAAGAUCAUCUGCCGUGUACCCGCUUCACAAUCCACCGACUGGCUGCGCUCUCUCUGAUUCGCUCCCUGGAAAUAGAGAACAUGAGAAACAAUGAGCAGUAUAUGAAAUUAAAAGAGAGACUGCUUGAUGUUAGUGUGCAGUCCGGAGUUGUCAGCAUCUUCACCGCCUUCAUCGCUGUCAACAAACAAGACGGUAAAGUCAUUCAGGGGCCGCUGAUCGUAUGGGAGGAUCCGAACUACGUGCCCAUGCUUCGAGGAGCUCUGUUGGGUUUGUUUGCAGACACUUCAAGUAAAAAGAAUAUUUUCAGACGGAUUUACUCGUCUCUAAGAAAACGCACUGCAUUUAGGAGCAGCGAAAGCUCUUUAAAGAAGAAACAAACACCAGCGAUGGAGUCCACGAAGCCGCCCAGAGACCCUCUGCUGCAGCUGGUGUCCCUGCAGGAGGCUUCAGGCUGCUGGUUGCUCUGCCCAGCUUUAGCUACUGCUCUGGGAAAAAACACAGAGGAGGUGGUCAAAACAAAGCCUGCGUCGAGCAAAAAGGAGGUGUGGGCCACCAUUUUGGCUCUGAUCUGGCUUCAUGGGUUUAAAAUGGAUGCAAAGGUGGAGUGGGAGCUUCUCGCAAUGAAAGCAGCAUCCUGGCUCUGUGGUAAGAGAGCUGUGUGGAUACCUGAGUGUGUGGAAGCUGGAAAUAAACUGUUGGGUUGUGACGUGCAGGAAGGUGAGCUGGGACUCUGAGCUUUAUACUGAGGUUACUGCUUCAGGAUUAGUACACAGAAACUUUCUUUAAUUUGUCUUUGACAUCACUGCACUUUUGUUUCACGGUGUUGUUUUUUUAUAUCUCAUCUUCCUCGGAAUGAAAUAGUAAAAUGAAAUCAACACCUUAUAAUUCUUGCUGUUUAUCUGAUUUUAAACCAGAUAAAACACUCUAAAUAAGAAAUWAAUGUUACAUGUUUUCA